AUGACAGGCGUUCACCGAACAGUGCCUAUGCAGAUAAUGAUCGUAAAGGAUAAAUGGGACUCGUCGAGCCGAGCAUCUCCAUUCCGUGCUUACCUGUACAAUAACGUCGGCGAAGAAUCCGCACCAUUUUUCCAGCCAGGUCCCAAUGAUGACGAAAACAAGUGGGAGGAGGCAUUGAGGAAACGGCCGGGGCCUGGAUACGUCCCUGUGCUCGUACAAGGCUUUUGGGAGUUGGGGAAGCGUACACAAAGACAAAAGGACUUCUUGUCGAUGAUGCAAACACGACUACACGAGAUAAAUAAUGCUUUGACGGAGUUACUGUCACGACACGACCUGACCAUUUCAGUUAAGAUAGCAGCCUGUCGACGGAAACACAAAGUGCUGAGUCAAAGAUGCCUCGCCCUGGCAUCAAAGACGCAAUUGUUGCGGAAUCGCGGAUAUGCUAUGGACCAGGCCGAGGAGGAAUUAGCAAAGAAGCUUUUCCAGCUAGAGCGUGCAGUUUUUGACCCAUCCCUUAAUGGCAGGUCGGAAGAGAUCUGGGCCAGGAUGUUGGCGAUCCGAGAGAACUCCAAGCGUCUCCAGCUUGAAAUCGAACGCACAGCUAGCGACACAUCUAGCCAGGUGGACGAUACCCUAGACGACGCAGCUCUCAAAACAGCUAAGAAGAUUCUUGAGGACUACGCUACCCAGAUCCAACAUCUCAACAAGGAACUUGCCAAUGCCCAAAAGGACUUUGGAAUCUUGGAACAGUCGAUACCCUGA